UCUUAACUACUAUUGGUUGGGUAUUUGCAAUGUCAAUCACAGUAUCAGUUGCCACCUCAAAAGUUUGAAGCAAUUUAGAGAAGUGUAUCAUAAGCAACAUUUGAGAGCUGCUAAGCAAGAGCAACUCUUCGGAAAGUGUCUUUGUUAGAAAAAUAUAAAUUGAAAUAUGUCUUUCCGUAGUAAAGCAGGUCCCGGGUCUUCAUAUCGCCGAAUAAUUUUGCAGUCAAAAUCAGCUGCUGGCAACUUAUACUCUUCUCCAAUACAUCAGUCCUUCGCAAGCGCAAGGACCUACUCAACUUCAAACUCUGCAUCUGUCAAUAAUAAUGCAUUGGACUUUUCCCUGCUGGACGCCUUAAGUGAUGAAUUCAAAGCCAACCGCACUAACGAGAAGGACAAACUCGUUGAGCUGAAUAACCGCUUUGUCAGCUACAUUGAGAAGGUGAGGUCCAUGGAGCAACAAAACAAAAUUCUACAAACUGAACUACAAGAACUGAAAGGCAAAAGCAAUUCCAGGAAAGGGAAUAUCUAUGAACAGGAGAUCAGGAAACUGCGGCAAGAAGUAGAUCAGCUCACCAAGGAGAAAACCAGGAUUGAAGUGGCAAGAGACAACUUGCUGGAUGAUAUUCACAAACUCAAAAACAGGCUGCAGAUUGAAAUACAACAACGCGAAGAAGCUGAAAAUAACCUGUCAGAUUUUAGAGAGGAUGUCGAUGAAGCUGCUCUGAACUGUGCGGAUCUGCAACAGAAAGUUAAUGCACUUCAAGAUGAAAUAAACUUCUUAAAGAAACUUCAUGAAGAAGAACUUAAUGAGCUACAAGUUCAAGAAGAACAACAAACUAGAAUAGAAAAAGAUUUUGCUGCUCCUGAUCUUUCUAUGGCUCUUCAUGAAGCUCGGUCUCAAUUUGAUAAACUUGCUGCAAAGAAUAUUUCUGAAACUGAGGAUUGGUACAAGUCUAAGAUUUCCGAUCUGAAUCAGAAUGUGCACCGCACCAAUGAAACACUCCGCCUCGCAAAACAAGAAGCGAAUGAAUAUCGUCGGGAGGCCCAAGCACUAAAGUGUGAAGUUGAGGCACUUAAAGGAGCUAAAGAGCUUCUUGAGCGUCAGAAGGACGAAUUGGAAGUACGAUUUGGCAAGGAGGCUGAAAAAUUCCAAGAAAUAAUUGCUCAACGUGAUGAUGAAAUCAAUAAUUUGAGUGAACAGAUGAGCCGUCGACUGUUUGAAUAUCAGGAUUUACUAAAAGUUAAGACAGUUUUAGAUGCUGAGAUUGCAACAUACAGGAAAUUACUGGAGUCUGAGGAAAUCCGGAUUUCCAUACAACCUCCAAUUACUUCUCUGCUCCUGAAUGAAGAAGAAGAUGGAUUGGAAGUUCGAUCACCUGUCAGGCAAUUGUCAGUGAAGACAAUUGAAAUCAAAGAUGGGGAGGUAAUUGCUGAAACCACAGAACAUCAUGAAAUAAAAUUUACUGAUGAAGCUACAGACCUAACUGAAGAUUAAGUUUCCAGUUAAAGAAUAGGAAUUCUGUCUUUUAAGAGGCAGUACUCUGAGCAAAAAAGAAAAAUGAAAAUGGUGUUUUUGUUUCUCUGUUGUCAUUCUACAGAUGCUGCCUGACAAGCUGAGAUAAUUUUGGCAUUUUCUGCUUUCAAUUAUUUCUUUUUCAUUGUGAAGUUCUAGAGCUUUGCAGCUUCAUUUGAAGAACUGGACAGAAGCAUAUAUCAAAUCAUUUUUGAAAUAGUACUAAUUGCUGCAGAGGGUAGUCAAACAGAACAUAGUUGCAUAAUAAUUAGUCACAGAAUUGUGCACACAGAAAUGUAGAUGGACAUAAGGAUGCUCUGGGCCUGAUCCCAUUUGCUUGCAUAGGACCAAAUUCUUUUCGCAUACAUUAAUCAACUUUGAAUUUGAAACUCUGUACUCUGUAUCAUUGUAUUAGGCAUUGCCAUAUUUGCUUAAAUAAAUAAGAUAAACAGGAGGAAAUAAUAUUUCUCAUCCUGAGUUUUCUAUUAAAUAUUUCAG